AUGGGUUCCAAUAUUAAGCUAUCACUCUUUGCAUUCGUAACUACAAUAAUUGCUACAAGUUAUGCUCUUACCAAGCGUAAUAUUAUCUUGCAAAAUCAUAUUGAUACGCUUCAGGAUGAACUACAAUCAACAUCAUUAGAUGCCAUUCUCUUCUGGAACCAAGUCAUGUUGCAAGCUUGUGCAAAUGAUUAUGAUAAAGCCGUGGCGUUUAAACCUGACCAAAAUGGUCCAGCAGCAACAGCACGUGCCUUUGCUAUCAUUCAUGGUGCCAUGUAUGAUACCAUGAAAAAUUUCGGUCGAGUUUAUCAACAUGUUACAGAAGGAAGUCGAUCGUCAACCAAUGAUUCUUUUGUCAAACAAUAUGGUAUGAUUGCAUCUAUAAUAGAAGCUGCCUAUCAAACAUUGUCAUUCUUCUAUCCACAACAGCGCCCUCUUUUUGAUGCUAUCUAUCGAAUUCAUUUGUAUCAAACAAGAAACAAAGCAGAUUCACAAGAUGCAAUUAACAUUGGUCUCAGUGUUGGUCAGUUAACCAGCUCUUUUAUGAUCGAAACUCGGAAAUCGGAUGGUAGUUUUGGCAAUGCUGCAUAUACACCCAGCAUGCAGCCCGGCUACCAUAAAGUUGAUCCAAUCCAUCCGGAACAAGGCUUUCUAGGUGUUCACUGGGGAAAAGUAAAACCAUUUUUUCUGGACUCUGUAUCACAAUAUCGUCCUCUGAACAUGUUCGGUAAUACAUCGUCAACUCGUAUGUACUAUUUGAAUUCAGAUUUCUACAGAAGUGAGUUGACUGAAGUGAAAACCUAUGGAUCAAAAGCAAGUACAUAUCGUUCGGAUGAUCAAACGCAGAUCGGUAUUGUAUGGGCUUAUGAUGGAGCACCAAAACUGGGUACCCCACCACGCCUCUAUAAUCAAAUUGUUCGAAUCAUAGCUAUUCAACAAGGCAAUACACUUGAACAGAAUGCUCGAUUAUUUGCACUUGUCAACUAUGCGAUGGGUGACGCUGGAAUAGCUGCAUGGGAAGCUAAGUAUCACUAUGCCUUUUGGCGUCCAAUCGUUGGCAUUCGUGAAGCACAGAAUGCAAACGAUAUUGAUCCUACUUGGAUACCAUUAGGAGCACCAGCUGAUGGUGCCGGUACAGAUUUCACACCUCCCUUUCCAGCCUAUGUAUCUGGCCAUGCAACAUUCGGAUCAGCUACUUUUCACACGCUUCGUCUAUUUUACAAUAGAGACGAUAUUUCUUUUCAAUUUCAAUCAGAUGAAUACAAUGGAAAAACGAAAGAUUCGAAUACUGGAUUAGUACGACCAGCACUAACUCGAAGUUAUAGGUCAUUGGCAGCAGCUGAAAUGGAAAAUGCGAUUAGUCGAAUUUAUUUAGGUGUACACUGGCGUAGCGAUGUUGAAAGAGGAAAGAUUCUCGGUCAAAGUGUAGCAUUGGAAGUGUUUCGAAAACUCUUUUGA